AUGUCAUCACUACUUCUUGGUAUCGCUCCUACUGGGUACUUCAUGGGAUUGAUGACAGAUUCUACGCUUGUUGAGCAGAUGAACGACACAGUACCGUCCAGUCGUCAAAAGCAAUACCGUGUAUGCAUUCCGUGGCAGCGUGCUGCUCAAGGCGAUAGCAUGGUGCCUAACCUCGUAUCGGCAUCCUAUCGUCUCGACAUGGAUCCGAAUGAGCUCGCAUCUUACUUCAUGCAGAUUUACAUUGCUAUGUUCCGUGAGACAGAAGACCAAAGUAUUCAGUCCGAAGUCAUGACACGCAAGGAGAACCAACCUUUGGCUCGCGACGUCGAUUACUGUUCUCGACUCACGCUUGUUACACUCGUUGCCUCAGCCAAACGCACCAUUUCUACCGACUGGCAAGAAUGCAUUGGCGCCCUCAUCCGUAUGAUGGAGGACGACAAAUCUCUUUCUGGNGGUUCGAAGAGACUCGCAGAAUUUAUGCUACACCUUCACCUGUCCGGCCUGUGGCAUGUCUCUGGGCUCGAAGAGGGACCCUCAAUAGUCAAGUACGACGGCGAGGCUUGCCCAUCUAGCGAAGGAGGCGAAUCUGGAGUGCUUGGAAAGCAAAACUUGCCUGGCACUCUUCAAGUCGCAUUGAUCGUCCCCAGAAGUAGCCUCACNAUUUUCACGAAUCCUCCUGUUGAUCUGGUCGGAACCCCGGGGGUUNNACAUCUUUGGCUGCGCAACAAAACUUUCGAGACUGCUUUCUUCGCUAUUGAUGUUUUCUUUGGCUACUUUGUAUCAGAUGGUCUUGAUGAACCACGAGUCGUGGAAGAUACUCAUGGUUGGUCAGGCACUUCUGAUUUGAUUGUAACCUGCAAGAUCCCUACCUAUGCUUUGCUGCAUGGCCCUCCUCAGGAAGCACACAUUGAGCUUGACCUUAACACUUCACGUCCCAUCCUGGGUCGAAUUCCGGAGCCCAGAUCCCGAGUCAGGCACUACAGUGCCACCUUGGACAGCAAGAAUGUUCGGAUCCUGACAUCAGCUCCCAGUACAAAGCCUGAUGCAGUGUUCGGUGCCCACCUUGCCGCCAAGUCAAAGCCAGCUGGAUCGACUUGUGCUAGUGUGACUCUCAAUUCUGAUGGUACCGUGCAGUCUAUUAGUGUGAUCAACAAUUUUGCACAUGAUUCAGAAGAGAGCCUUGCGCUCAGGAAUGGUGGCAUAGUUGAAGUCUCACAGAGGUCGCCAUGCGUUCUUGCUGCUUCCAUUGGCACUCUGAAGGAUGUGAGCAAGUUCUACUUCCCCUUUCCUGUGAAUGGAGCUGCGUACAAGAUGAAGAUCGCUCGCAAAUCUUCAUGGAUAGAGAUCAGAGCCCCUACAUCGAACGCUCUGCAGCCUGGUGGCUACCAUCUGGACCCGUUCCCUAUCAUCGAUCAGGGCAAUGGUUUCCUGGCUUUGGGGUUCAACCGCAUCGAUCCUGACCUUCAAUCACAGAUCGAUACCUCAGCUUCGAACUGUACGUUCUUGCAACCACUCUCUGCCACGUCAUUAAGCAGAAGAGAACAUGCUCAAAUCAACACAACUCAGAUUACUAGCUCCCUGCCACCCAUGACUCAGUUGAAGGAGAUUGUUCGACAGUGGUUCUUCGCCUAUGCUGGAAUAUUGGGCAACCCGAAGGGCCAAGAUAUCCGGUUGUUCACCUUGGUGCGCGAGGUAGAAUCCAACAAGGUUGUACCUGACUGGAUGGUCAUUGCCAAAGCUUUGCGCCAUGACCGAGACACGGGCUCAGUCUUUAUGGAUGCAUUCUUCGUUCCUUCGACCCCAGAAGUGAUCAAGUUGAACCCCUACAAAACCGUGAGAAACGGCAAGACGGUUCAGGACGCCGCAGUGAUUAUCGCAAGCAAGGAGGCCAUGGAUCUGUUCCAACGUCUUGUACCAGCUCUUGCUGAACGCUGUCGCUCAUGGGAGCACACUCCAGACUGCAAGUACAGAGUCAAGUCUGACAAGACGUCUCUUUGCGGCUGUGGACAAGGUCAGGAUGCUGCAAUUAUGCCUGAACCUUACAAGAAGGUCGCUCAUCUCGCUACUCGUAUCGCCAUCCCCAUCAUCUUCGCCGUGCCUUAUGUCGAGGCUGUGGGUGGUCAAGAAGUUAUGAUUGAGCUUGUUGCUGCCUUGCAACAACACCUGGAGGUGAGCCAGCAUCACGGAAACACUGAUUCCGUCUUGUCUGCUGCUCUAAAGAUUGGCAAGGAAAUGAAGCAGAAGACCGCUGACAAUGCAAGCUGUGACCACUGUGGAAACAAGCAGCCCGGCCUCAAGCUCUGUGCUCAAUGUGAGAAGGUCAAGUACUGUAACCGCGAUUGCCAGAAAGCUGCCUGGAAGACUCACAAGAAGUUCUGCAAGCGUUGA